UAAACGUAUGUACAUACAUACCAAGAUCCAACAUAAAUAAAAAAGGGGUGGGAUUAUAUAUAUUAAAAAAUUCAAAUUUUAGUAAUAUUUCUGGUCCUUACAUGAUGGAAUUGGCGCAUAAAGUUUCAACUGAAUGUCAUAGUUGGACACACGACGAAAGCAUGACUCAUGAUUCUAUCAAGCUGCACAGUGUCAAAUAUUGUUCGUUGUAUCCGAAAAACGAGUUGGAUUGCAGCAUGACAAAAUUUGAAAAUUGUAAAACAAACAUAUACACCAAAUAUGAUUAUUACCUGGAGAAAUAUGUGCACGAGAUUAUUUUGUUACUGGAUGAUCUAUUUAAAGGCCAUCAUAAAUUGACGGAAAAGGAAAUCUUGUAUCAGAACACGUUAAUUGAUGAUAUUUGGGUGAAUUCUCAAAAACAUUUGAUGGUGACGGAAAGCAGUAAUUGCGUUAAAAUCUAUCCUGAGAUAGUAUCAUUGCCAGCCAAGAAAAGAUUUUUAACCAAAAUACGUUCAAAUAUUUUGAAAAUCCACGCAUCCAACUGCUAUAUGGCCACAUCACUACAAGUAAUUAGUAAAACUAUUGAUGAAUUGAAACGUCGUUGUGAUAGCCUGGAUUAUUCAGUCGAAAGCCCAUUUCUUUCAGGCACUUAUUAUUUGAGACCACUUAGCUAUUUUUUAAACUUGAUAAAUGACCUAUACCUAUAUUUCCAUGAACAUCUGUGUAAACUACAACGCUGGGCUGAACUUUUAGAUCCCGCAGAUAGGUUGGCUAUUGAGGAUUAUUGUGCAUUAAUAAAACCGAAUAAGGAUUACCAAAAUAACCUACUGGAGUAUGUAGAUCACUGUUGCUGCUGGCGAUCUAAACGAAAAAGAUGUAUCGAAGAACAUGUGCCUUGUUGAUAGUAAAAAAAAACUAAGUUGUUUAA